AUGUUUACUUUCUUUCUUUCCUUUUUCUUUCUUUCAUUCUUUCUUUCUUUAUUUCUUUCUUUCUUUCUUUCUUUCUUUCUUUCUUUUUUUUUAUUUCUUUCUUUCUUUCUUCCUUCCUUUCUUUCUUUCUUUCUUUCUUUCUUUUUCUUUUCUUUCUUUCUUUUCUUUCUUGUCAUAUUAUUUCUUUCUUUCUUUUCCGUCCAAUAUUCUUUCUUUUUUUCUUUCCCCUCUAUAUUUCCUGUUCCAUAUUUCUUUUAUAUUCUUUCUUUUAAAUUUUCUUUCUAUUUCAUUUUCUCAACAUUUUCUUAUGUUUACUUAUUUCUUUUUCUUUUGUUUUCUUUCUUUCUUUCCUUUUUUCUUUCUUUCUUUCUUUCUUUCUUUCUUUCUUUCUUUUGUCAGACAUUAUUUCUUUCUUUCUCUCCCCGUCCAAUAGUUUUUAUUUCUUUCUUUAUUUCUUCCUUCCUUUCUUUCUUUCUUUCUUUCUUUCUUUCUUUCUUUCUUUCUUCCGUCCAAUAUUUUCUUUCUUUCUUUCUUGUCAUAUUAUUUCUUUCUUUCUUUUCCGUCCAAUAUUCUUUCUUUCUUUCUCCCUCUCUAUAUUUCCUGUUCCAUAUUUCUUUUAUAUUCUUUCUUUUAAAUUUUCUUUCUAUAUCUCAACAUUUUCUGCUACUUAUUUCUCUUAUGUUUACUUUCUUUCUUUCCUUUUUCUUUCUUUCUUUCUUUCUUUCUUUCUUUUGUCAGACAUUAUUUCUUUCUUUCUCUCCCCGUCCAAUAGUUUUUAUUUCUUUCUUUCUUUCUUUCUUCCUUCCUUUCUUUCUUUCUUUCUUUCUUUCUUUCUUUCUUUCUUUCUUUUCAGAUAUAAUUUAUUUAUUUUUCUUUCCUUUCUUAUUUUGUCAGAUAUCAUUUCUUUUUUCCGUUUUCUUUCUUCCCGUCCAAUAUUUCUUUAUAUUCUUUCUUUUUUUUCUUUCUAUAUUUCAUUUUUUCUUAUUUUUAUGUUUCUUUCUUUCUUUCUUUCUUUCUUUCUUUCUUUCUUUCUUUCUUUCUUUCUUUUGUCAGAUAUUAUUUCUUUCUUUCUCUUCCCGUCCAAUAGUUUUUCUUUCUUUCUUUCUUUCUUUCUUUCUUUCUUUCUUUCUUUCUUUUUUCAGAUAUUAUUUCUUUCUUUUCUUAGUUUUUCUUUCUUUUGUCAGAUAUUAUUUCUUUCUUUUCUUUCUUUCUUCUUUCUUUCCAAUAGUUUUCUUUCUUUCUCUUUUCUUUUUUUUCUUUCUUUCUUUCUUUCUUUCUUUCUUUCUUUUGUCAGAUAUUAUUUCUUUCUUUCUCUCCCCGUCCAAUAGUUUUUCUUUCUUUCUUUCUUUCUUUCUUUCUUUCUUUCUUUCUUUCUUUCUUUCUUUCUUUCUUUCUUUCACGAUUUACAUCUAUUCGGUCUUAGCCUCUUCAAAUCUUUAG